UAAUGACCCUAAUCCAUGCAGCGUUCUGGCAAACCUCUUCUGCCCCUUUUUUAUUUUAUUUUAUUUUUUUAGUUUACAGAUACGGCACAGACACAGGCCUUUCAGCCCACUGACACCACAACGCCCAGCGAUCCCCGCACACUAACACUACCCUACACACACUAGGGACAAUUCACAUUUACACCAGGCCAAUUAACCUACAAACCUGUACGUUUUUGGAGUGUGGGAGGAAACGGAAGAACUCAGAGAAAACCCACGCAGGUCACGGGGAGAACGUACAAACUCCGUAGACAGCACCCGUAGCUGGGUUCGAACCCUGGUCUCCGGCGCUGUGAGGCAGCAACUCUAGCGCUGCUCCACCAUGCCGCCCAAAGCCUCCAAAUCCUUCCUGUACUGGAGUAACCAGAACUGCACACAAUCCUCCCAAUGAGACUGAACAAGAGCCCAAUGGAACUGCCUCAAUGUUCUUCAGGGGGACACUUUCUCCUCUCCCUCAUGUAACAUUGUGACCUCGUGAUUGUAUCUAUUUAAACCCGGUUGUCACAAAAGCUUCUUACGUCACAAAGGACCAACUUUUCAUUGAUGUUCUGAGCCCCAAAGGCAUGGAACUCGCUGUCAGGCUGCAAUAUUGUGAGGUCGUGACUAUUUAUUUACAGUUUUACACUGUUGCUCAGUAACAGUAAGAUCGCCAAUCGGUCUAACCGAGACACUCCCUCUGGGACCAUGCUGGCAAAGCUGGAACUGGUCCACACCCAGAGAGACACCAAGUGCUCCUUCCCUCUGGGUCCAUACCCGCGCUAUACCUGGAUCCACAAGGACACGCCGGAGGAUGGGCUGGACAAGGCUUGCUACGAGAUCUGGAAGCGGGUGCAGCAACUCUCAGCCCAGCUGGACUGCAGCUCCAAGGAGGUGACGGGCUCCGAGCCAGGCCAGGCCGAGGAUGCGGGCGAUACAGUGCGGGGCAAGGCGGGCAAGAGGGUGGCGGACAGCUGUGGCAAGGAUGACGUCUCCCUGCUGGUGCAGUUGGAGUAUCUGAGCAUCGUGGCGGAGAACAGUGGGGGCGUGGACCUCCAGCAAAACCGUCUGGAAGGGAACGACCAAAUGGUGUCCAUCCUGGAGACCAAGACGAAGGAGCUGCAGGACUCUGAAGCAGAAUCUCUGGAUAAGACCAACUUCUUGAAUAAUUUCCUGAAGUCCGGCAGUGGGACGGAGCUGAGCAAAGACAGCCUGGCCAAGGAAGAGGUGGCAGAGGAGAAGCAGGUGAGGUGUGGCUCAAAGGAGGAUCUGGAAGUGGGCAGCAGAGUCUCGGUGGCAUCCAACAAGGAGAUCUGCCAGUUACUGGCCCAGUUCUCCCUCAAGCACAUCCACGAGUCAGAGGCCCCGGACAACAAGGUGGUGAUGGAGGAGGCCCAGAUCAUCAAAGACUUCCUACAGAACAGCAUGUUCAGCUCUGCCGGGGACAAGAGGGCCCAAGUGUCGCCGCCGCUGCCCCUGGCCUCGCGGGAGCCGCAGGACGAGCAGGCCCGGCGCCAGCUCCCCGUCUUUGCCAAGCUGUGCGAGGAGCCACCGGCCUGUGAGGACGAGGGCCACAGUGAGCCGCUGGCUCUGACCUCGGGCCCAGGCCUGGCUUCGGGCCUAGCCCAGGAUAGGCCGUCAUCGGGCAGCGAGCUGGUACGCCUGCUUUGCGGGGCGCCGAGGGAGGUUUACCGCAAGGAGGCCGAGGGCCGCGACUCGCCAGAGGCCUCGUCCCCGGAUGCCAGGCCCAGCCGCUCGGAGCACAGCUACAGCACCAGCCGCCACUCGCUGAAGGGCCUGGCGCCAUCAGCACGCAGGGCCGGGCCCAAGGAUGUGACCAGACCCCGGGAGCUGGCUGGGCCCCAGCACCUGCUGGCCAGGCGAGGUGACGGAGGCAAAGACCUGGCCCCUGAAGCAGCCGCAGCAGAGGGAGAUGCCGGGAGUACAGUGGAGGCCGAGGCUUCGGGGAGCGGCGGCCACUUGGGCCCUGAGUUCCCAGACAUGGAGCGGCACCCGGUGGGUCCUGGGCCUCACAAACACCGGGCCGGCCGUGAGAUGGAGGCCGAUGCCUCGGUCCUAGUGGGCUCCAACCCUCCCCCUCCCCCUCCCUCCUCCCCCUCCUCCCCCUCCGCUACCCGACGCUGGCUCCAAGUACAGCAGCAGCGGCUUGUACCCCACCCGUACCCAGCCCUGCCCGGCCGGCCGGCCCUCAUCAACUACCCAGCUGCUCCGCCAGCCCCCGCUCCCCCCACAGCCACCGCCACUGCCUCACCAGCUACCGGCUACGGGCAGCAGCCCCCCUUCUACCCGGGCCGCGGCCUGCGCUUGCCGCUGCAGCAGCCUGCCUACCCGCAGGCCGCAGGCUGCUUCCUGCGCUCAGCUGGCCCGGGGCCCGGUCCCGGGGCCUACACCUACGGCCAGGUGGCACAAGAGUUUGUGCCGCGCCACGCCUACAUCCGAGCUGCCUACGCCCCGCUGCUGGGCUACUGGUCCUUCGUGCCCGAGUACCCCUACAGUGCCCGCGGCAAUGCCACCUCCGCUAAGCCCCUGGCCUCUGCCGCCGCUGCUGCCGCUGCCAACAACCCCCCGCCCAUGGCCGGCGACGGCCCGCAGUGCCUCUUCCAGCCCGCCUACGGCUACCUCGACACCAACCUGACCGCCACACGCUUCGGCUCGGCCCGCUCCGGCCCCCUCUACAGCGGCAGCAACUUCCAGGUGUACUACCCCGCCGACAGCAGCGGCUACAACUGCUGGUAGCAGGCGGCACAGACAGGGACUCCCCGCCCACUUGCCCACCCCACCACCAAGCACCGAGCCCGUCCCCACUGGCACCCACUCUGGGGGUCCAAAACAACCCUGUUUCAUAGAUUAAUCUCCCCACACUAAACUUCCUUCAAAGUCUGUAACCUUUAUACAACUUCACCAGUCCUUUGUAAAGUUAUAACGCACUAUAACUUCACUGUGCCUUCCUUAAAAAGUCUAACUUUUAUACUUCACUGUAAUUUCCUCUAUGAUGUUACUAUAAUUUCCUUAAGUUUAAAUAUUCUGUUACUUCACUGUGCCUCCCUUAAAUUACUCAACUUUAUAAGUGGUAUAACUUUACUAUGACUUGCUUAACAGACAAUACUCUAUAACUUCCUCAAGUUACGAUACUCUUGAACAUCACAAUGCCUUCCUUAAUUUACAAUCCUCUAUAACAUGUAUGAUUUCCUCAAAUUACAUACUCUAUAAAUUCCAUGUCUUCCUUAAGUUACAAAACGCUGCCUUUUGUUUAACUUCAAUAUAACUUCCCAAAGUUACAAUACUCAAUAACUUCACUAUGCUUUUCUCAAGUUACAAGACUAUAAUAUUUGUAGAACUUCACUAAGACUUCCUUAAGUUACAAAUGUCUGUAUAACUUCACUAUAACCUUUUCUGCUAUAAUUUCCUUGAGUAAGUUACUAAAGUCUGUAAUAUUUCUGUUUGUCAUUGUUACUAAAAUGCAUAGCGGGCUCCUGUUGGAUAUAGAUGUCCCUCAGUCUAUCUAAUGUAUGCUACAGAUGUCUAUAGAUCACAUUAUAUCCUCUGUAUUCUAUCUAUAGCAUACAGUGGAUCCCCAGAUGGCUCACACAUAUCUCUGCAGCUGUCUGAAGCACAUUUUAGACCCAUAUGAGGUCCCUAUAUUUUAUCUGGAGAAAUUUGCGUCUCACCAAUAGCUUCCACAACUCCUACAGCAUAACCAAAGGGAGCUGUGGGCCUCGUUGUUAUGCUGUUGGAAGGGAUUCGGUUGGAAUUGGAUAGUUUUGGGAGAUUUGCUGGCUCCCUGGUAUAUGGAAUGGUGGUUAACAUUGAGCAGCCCCAGUCUGCAGCCACAGGGACAAGUCUUUGUACGACCGUGAGCAUCUAGCGAGGUGUUUCAGACAAAAGUGGCCUCUCACCUACUGGAACUCCCUGCCCCUCAUCGAACAGGCCUGAUUACUGACAUGUUGGCAAAUACUCUCCUCUCUAUCGCCCACAGCUUGGGGCAGUUCGGGAUGCCUAUUGGUGGUUACUAACAAAUAAAUAAAUGUAUUAAAAAAUG